AUGACCGACGCCGCUCCCGAGACUUCGUCGCCUGCCGCACCUACCCCUGCUGCUGCCGCCGCUUCGACGUCGACCACCCCGAAGACUACCGCGCCGAAGCGCAAGACGAAGUCGCGCCGCAAGACUCGCCGUCGUGACGGCUCCGACUCGGACGCAAGCUCUGAUGGAAGUGUCUCCGACGCUGCUGCCAACGCUGCACCCAAGUCUGCCAAGGGCAAGGGCAAGGCGAAGCAAAAGCCAUUGUUCCCCGAGUCGUCCCACACCACCCCCUUAGUGUGGGCCGACGCCGACGUCUCGCAAAACGAGAUUGUGUCCUUCGACUUUGGCGACAGCAGCAGCAAGAGCACCAAGCCCGCCGCCCCCGCUCCCGGCAAGCCGCAGCGCGAGUUCACCGAGGAGCAGAGGAAGCGGCACGAGGAGAAGCUUCGCAUCAAGAAGGAGAAGCAGAAGGCGAAGCGCAGGGCGGCGAAAGAGGCCAAGGCCAAGGAGAAGGAGGCCGCGGCCGUGAAGGACAGCAAGCCGAAGGACGAUGCUGAGAAGACCGACGCCGCCUCAAAGGCUCCGCAACCCAGCAAGGAGGACGCGUCGCUUGCCGCUUCCACCUCGGCCCUCAAGCUUGACGAUCCCGCGCCUGCCCCCGCCUCGGUUCCCACGUCAACACCAGCUUCUGCACCCUCAACCUCUCCCCCGACCGCCGCUGCUACCGCUACGACCACUCCCGCCGUUCGUCCGAACCCGCCGUUCGCUCCCCACCGCCCGCUGCGCGAGCGACUGUCGAACCCGCCCGAGGGCCGCUUCGCGCCCCGCCCGCCCCACUGGGCUAACGACCAGCGCCAGCCUGUCCGACCUAUGCCGGACUUCUGGCGCGGGCGUGGUGGACCCCGCGGCAUCCCCCGUGGUGCGUUCCGCGGCUUCCCCCGCGGUCGUGGGCGCGGUGGGUUCGGCCCCUUUGGACCUGGUGGGCCUCACUUCCGCCCGCCAUUCCGACCCCAGGGCCCUCCCCACGGACCGCCAAACGCUGUUAACGCCGCUGUGGCGAACAACGCCUCCAGCACCCCGCCCGCCAACGCUCCGUCUGCGCCGCGCGCCAUGAUCGACUCCUCCGCAGCUUCGGGCUCAGGAACGACACCGGCAUCGGAGCAGCCCGAGACGACCGAGACUGCGAAAACUACGGAGCCGGAGUCCGCCGACAAGCCGCAGCCGACGCCAGCUCAGCCGCAACAGCAGCAACCCGCUCAGCCGCAGCAGCCUGUCGUUCCUCCUCAGAGGUUCCGACCGAACAUGCCUCGGCCUGACGGACGAUGGGGCCACGACGGCUUCCACCAGCACAUGCGGGAGGAUGCCUUCCGUGCGAACCGUGGUAUGCGCGCUCGGGGACGUGGACGGGGUUUCGCUCCUCGUGGCGGCUUCCGGCCAUUCUUCAACCACCCCGGACACCUGCCGACGCCAGAGGUGUCGCCCGAUCGUGCCGAGAAGCCCGCUGCUACUGCAGCUGCCCCCGCCGCGCCCGCUGCCAAGCCGACGGAGAGUGCCUCGAUCGAGGCGCUGCUGGAUGACUCUGGUGCCGUCACUGUGCGGUUGCCGGGGGAGACUGAGACUGUGGCCGUUGACCCCGUGCCCGUCGACACCCGCCCGCCCUCUCAGCCAACGGACCUUGUGUCACAGUCGCCUCUGCCGCCGGCGUUCACCCCCUCGAACCCUUCUCCCGGACCGUACUCUGACGCCGGCUCAAUGAGCUCGUCGGGUUACGUUGGUCCGAUCCCCGCAGAGUACUACGGUGGUGUCGCUUUCCGCCCUCCUCCCUACCGUGGCUUCCAGUCGUUCACGCCUGAGCCUUUCCAGCCUGGACACGCCUCGCACCCAUCGCAUGCGUCUCGCGGCUCGUUCUCUGGCUUCUUCAGCGGCAGCCCGAUGGAUCCGCGCGCCGGCUCUCCGUUCAACCCGUACGCGCCCGGCUUCGUUAUGCCCACUGCGGUGGGCAAGGAUGUGACGGGUGAGCCGAAGAGCCCUCAUUCGGAGGGCACGGACUCUAUGCCUGGUCAGAUCCAGACGCCUGAGUUCGCGAUGGCUCCGUACUACUACAACCCAUACGCUGAGCAGCCGAUGGGUCAGAUGGGCCAGAUGGGCGGUAUGGGAGGCGUGUUCUACCCGCCGCCGCAGGGGUACUGGCCGCAGCAGUAUGAGCAGGGGAUGUACGCUGGAUUCGAGGGCGAGUACCAGAACCAGCAGGGACACCAGUUCUAA